CGCUCUCGCUUCCAAUGGGUCUAGUUGCUUAUAUUAAACACAUUAUAAAGAGGUAAGGCCUCGUGCCAAAACUCACAGCCGCAGUGACGAGUCAGAUGCGUGCGAACUAGAAGAUUGUUCUUCUGGUUUGUAUGCCAGAACCUUCGUACGGCUUGUGCGUAUGCGUUUUACGAAUAAAGAAGCGGAACAGAAUGUUUCUAUUUGUAUUAAAAUAGCUGUACUUAGUAUUUCAGUCCAUUUGGAAGGUAGACAACAAUGUCGUGUAUGUAAAAGUUUUGGACAUGAUGACCCAGAUUGCCAUGUUCAUGCAUCGUAUGCAAAUAUAACACGUGUAGAUGAUGUUGAUGAUCAAGUUAAUGAUCAAGAUGUUAAUUAUGAAGAACAAGAAUGUUCAGCUGGUUCACAUGAUACUCAUAUAACACCGUCUAAAAAUGAUGGCAGUGAUUGUGAUGAUAGUGGACAUGGUUUCAACCUCAUUAUCAUGUAA